CAGUCGUAAGGGGGCGGAGUCAGUCGGAAGGGGGCGGUGUCUUCCGUGAAGGCGUGGCUCCACCGUCGUUCCGGCUCCUCAGCCCCGCCGACAUGGCCGGACGCCUGCCAGCCUGCGUGGUGGACUGUGGCACCGGGUACACGAAGAUUGGCUAUGCGGGCAACACAGAGCCUCAGUUCAUCAUUCCGUCAUGCAUUUCCAUCAAAGAAUCCGCCAAGGUGGGCGACCAGUCCCAGAGGAGGGUCAUGAAGGGUGUCGAUGACUUGGAUUUCUUCAUUGGUGAUGAAGCCAUUGAGAAGCCCAACUACUCCACGAAGUGGCCGAUCCGUCAUGGCAUAGUGGAGGACUGGGAUCUGAUGGAGAGGUUCAUGGAGCAAGUGAUCUUUAAGUAUCUUCGUGCUGAACCCGAGGACCACUACUUCCUCCUGACCGAACCUCCACUCAACACACCUGAGAACAGGGAAUAUACAGCCGAGAUAAUGUUCGAGUCCUUCAAUGUCCCUGGCCUCUACAUAGCUGUGCAGGCAGUCCUGGCGUUGGCCGCCUCCUGGACGUCACGUCAGGUUGGGGAGAGAACUCUCACAGGCACGGUCAUCGACAGCGGCGACGGCGUCACCCACGUCAUUCCUGUGGCAGAAGGAUAUGUCAUUGGAAGCUGCAUCAAACACAUCCCCAUAGCUGGCCGCGAUAUCACCUACUUCAUCCAGCAGCUGUUGAGGGAGCGGGAGGUGGGAAUCCCACCAGAGCAGUCACUCGAGACAGCCAAAGUGAUCAAGGAGCGGUUUUCAUACAUAUGUCCCGAUAUCGUCAAGGAAUUUAGCAAGUUUGACGCGGACCCUAGCAAAUGGAUGAAGCAGUACACAGGCAUCAAUGCCAUUACUAAAAAAGAGUUCACCAUUGACGUGGGUUAUGAGCGCUUCUUGGGACCGGAAAUCUUCUUCCAUCCUGAGUUCUGCAACCCAGACUUUACCCAGCCCAUUUCAGAGGUGGUGGACAAUGUCAUUCAGAACUGCCCCAUUGAUGUGCGGCGUCCACUGUACAAGAAUGUUGUGCUGUCUGGUGGCUCCACCAUGUUCCGCGACUUUGGGCGUCGUCUCCAACGGGACCUCAAACGCACUGUGGACAGCCGGCUGAAGUUCAGUGAAGAGCUAAGUGGAGGCCGGAUCAAGCCGAAACCCAUCGAUGUGCAAGUGAUUACCCAUCACAUGCAACGCUAUGCAGUGUGGUUUGGGGGCUCCAUGUUGGCUUCCACACCUGAGUUUUUCCAGGUUUGCCAUACCAAGAAGGAUUACGAGGAAUAUGGCCCCAGCAUCUGCCGUCACAACCCAGUGUUUGGCGUGAUGUCCUAACACUUGCACAUUCCUUUUGAGUUCUGCCAAACAGGAUAUUUCCAAGCCUUCUUCCCAGCUCUUUCUCCUUCAGUGUAGAGAGCUCAGACACAACACACUGUAAACACAUACCACCUACGAAAUAUCUUUCUGCUCGGUUUGAUUUUUUUAUUUUGUGACAAAUGUUAUUUGUAUGCAAAUGCUUGCCUUGCAUAACUCAAGUAUUUCAAUGCAGAUGUCAUGGGCUGCCCCUUGAUCAUCAGAUGGUUCUUUGCUGUCUGGGAUGUUAUGAAAAGCCUUAAGUACCAACAUUUUAUCUGAAAGGUGGCUGUCACAAAUUGUGACUUUAGUGGUGGGCAAUAAUCUGCAUAGCACAUUACCGAAGUGUCAGCUUUGCUCUGAAUUUGCCAAAACACUGAAUAUUUUUUCCCAUUCUGCCUCAUUUAAACGGUUCAUAAAUGUGUUGCCAGUCUUUUUGAAAACGCCAAUUUCAAAAUAAUGUUUUGAGGAUUGCUUAAAAACUAAAAUAAGUGCUUCAUUGAAAUUGCCACAGGUUGCCACCAUUUGUGUGGGCUUUUGAGAUGGAUUGGGCAACAGGAUUUGAAUUAAAAAAUAGAUGUCUGCUAUCCUCUGAAUCAUUGGUUUCCUCAAGAGAAUCAGGACCCGCUUCUAAGCUUUGCUUGAAAGAAAACACGUUACGUACUCUACGUGAUUGAUCCUCUGCAGAAAUGUUUGUUGGUUAUCGGUUGUGAUUGAUAAUGGUAAAGCAAACUUUUUUUAAUUACACUGUGUCUUGGCACAUGCACACAGAGUGGUUUAUCAGGACAGGCUGGCCAGUGGUUGAUUGUGAAACAAUCGGCCUGCCAUUACUUUUUCUACUUGUACAUCAUGCAUUAUAUAAGGUUCCAAGUUGGGUAAUUUAGUUUUUUCUGCAGAUUUUCUUUCCAAUCAAAAUAUUAAUUGGCGCCAUUUUGACACAAAUUUGCAGUAAUUAAUGAUUAAACUUGUAUAUAAGUACAUUUAAGAAAACAUUUACAAUUAACCUUGUCACUGAAAAGAUACUUUUUAAUCAAAAUCAAGUUGGUAUUGUAAUUUGGGACUGCAGAAAACACAUUUUGUUAGUUGUGUUUGUAAGAUAAGAUUUCCUCCAAAGAUCCAAGUUUUGAUGUUAAAUUGAUUAUGUACUGACCAAACAAUAUACUUUUUUCGUAAUUACUUUAAACAGGGUUUUGGCAAAAAAAGUGCAGUAUUGAGGUAGUCUGCUUAAAUACUUAUCAUUGGAUUGAUAUUUUUGAAAAUGCAUUCAUCGAAUGUGAUGUCACAUGGGUGUGUGAUAAUUCAACAUCAUCUUCUGCAAAUUAUGCAUUCCCUUGGUUUAAAGCAAAACAUGCCAAUAUCUAUCCUUACCCCUGAGAGUGGCUGUAUUUGUGAUAAUUCUAUUUUUCAAUUACAGCGUGGACCAAACACUCUUCUAUAUCAACUGUAAUUGGUGACACUUUCAGCUGAAUGCCAGCAAAGGUGUUUUAAGUGACUAGAAAUAUUAAAAUGUAAAGUUGUCACUGGAUACUCGGAAAUUAAUACCAUAAAAUGGCUUUUCAUGUUGUUGGAUCUGCAGUAUAGCCUUUUGUUAUUUUUCACGUGAUCUAAAUACUGAUUGUAUGAAAGGUACAGCAUUCCAAUAAAAGGCACUUCUUUGCAGCUGAA